UUGUAUCAAUUGUAUCAAUUGUAUCUACUUACCAAUUCACUAUACAUCUUGAAUCCAUUCGCCAUUCACAUCCAAUUUCUAACUGAACCAGCGCCGAUAAUCGAACACACCGAAUUUUUCUUGAUACAUACGAAGUAUUCCAAAAUUAAUAAUUGUAUCCUCCAGUGCAGUGUCUUGAAACGAGUUCUUCGGCAUUUUGGCCGACAAUAAUUCGCGAUGGAUAACACUCCCCCUCGCCCGCCUGGCUACGCCCUACCCAACUACGAUGACGAUCAUGACCAUUUGUCACCAAGCUCAGGAGUAAACCCAGCAGCAGUGAGGUUGCUGACAUCCAUGGAAGAAGCACUUCCAGACACUGGACCCAUACGUCCGACACCCCGCCGCGUAUACCAACCGUCGAUAAGAUCGACUAAUUCGCGAGGCUCCUCGAUUCUUGACCCACCACAUCUCGCGCCGACAGAGUCGGCAUACGAUCCAUACCAAUCACGGGACAAUGAUUCCCCACGGCCUUGGACUGCAUCCUCGAGGAUGUCUGGAAUAUCAGACUAUACGCGACCGCCACCCUCCAAUCUACAGUACGAACCAGCAGAUCUCAACGGUAGCCCCCGACCAGGCACUCCAUCCUCUAGAUACGGCGGCAGCCCACGCAGACCAUUGCCUCGUGCACCUCUGUAUACCACGCGGACGCGAGAUUCUACAUAUACAGCCGACGACGCGACAGUUAGCAUUCCCUUGGAUGGCCAGGACGAUGUCUUCGGACCGGAGUCUGAUAUUAGCGGCUCAGGCGUCUACCGGGACUCGUACGCAGGGCAAUCGCAAGUAACCCUUAGCGAGGAGGAUUCGCAGGUGCCCUACGACGAGAAAGUGGAGCACUACGGUGCCGCACCAGAGGGCAAGCAAGAGCGCCGCGGCGUGCGCGCUCCCGUCACCUCGAAGAAGGAGGUGCAGCUGAUCAACGGUGAGCUGAUCCUCGAGUGCAAGAUCCCUACGAUACUGUACAGCUUCCUGCCGCGUCGUAGCGCGAUCGAGUUCACGCACAUGCGGUACACGGCCGUCACCUGUGACCCGGACGAUUUUGUGGAUAAGGGGUAUAAGUUGCGACAGAACAUCGGCCGGACAGCACGGGAGACGGAGCUGUUUAUUUGUGUCACCAUGUACAACGAGGACGAGAUCGACUUUACCCGCACGAUGCACGCCAUCAUGAAGAACGUGAGCCACUUUUGCGGUCGCAAUAAAUCGCGAACGUGGGGCGAGAGCGGCUGGGAGAAGAUCGUGGUCUGCAUUGUCUCCGACGGCCGAGAAAAAGUGCACCCGAGGACGCUCGAUGCGCUGGCCGCCAUGGGCGUCUACCAGCACGGCAUCGCCAAGAACUUCGUCAACCAAAAGGCCGUGCAGGCUCACGUGUACGAAUACACCACCCAGGUCUCCCUAGACUCAGACCUCAAGUUCAAAGGCGCCGAGAAGGGCAUCGUGCCUUGCCAGAUGAUCUUCUGUCUCAAGGAAAGGAAUCAGCGCAAGCUCAACUCGCAUCGUUGGUUCUUCAACGCCUUUGGGAAGGCUCUUAACCCCAAUGUCUGUAUCCUGCUGGAUGUGGGCACGAGACCCGGUACCAACUCGCUGUACCAUCUCUGGAAAGCCUUCGACACGGAUUCCAACGUCGCCGGCGCCUGUGGCGAGAUCAAGGCCAUGAAGGGGAAAUUCGGAAGCAACCUCCUGAACCCGCUCGUCGCAUCGCAAAAUUUCGAGUACAAGAUGUCGAAUAUCAUGGACAAGCCCCUUGAAUCGGUAUUUGGGUACAUUACCGUUUUGCCUGGUGCUCUAAGCGCCUAUCGGUAUCACGCCUUGCAGAACGAUGAGACAGGCCACGGACCUCUAAGCCAGUAUUUCAAGGGAGAGACGUUGCAUGGCCAGCAUGCUGAUGUGUUUACGGCGAACAUGUACCUCGCCGAAGACCGUAUCUUGUGUUGGGAACUAAUCGCCAAGAGAAACGAGCGGUGGGUGUUGAAAUAUGUCAAAGGAUGCACAGGAGAGACGGACGUGCCUGACUCCGUCCCAGAAUUUAUAUCACAACGACGUCGGUGGCUCAACGGCGCGUUCUUCGCAGCCGUGUACUCGCUCGUGCACUUCAAACAAGUCUGGACGACGGACCACACGUUUGCCCGCAAAGUCCUGCUGCACAUCGAAUUCGUCUACCAGUUCCUCCAGCUCCUAUUCACGUACUUCUCCCUCGCGAACUUCUACCUCGCCUUCUACUUCAUCGGCGGCGGGCUUACGGACCCCGCCGUCGACCCGUUCGGGCACAACAUCGCGCUGUACAUCUUCACGGUGCUGCGGUACACGUGCGUGCUGCUCAUCAGCAUGCAGUUCAUCAUCUCGCUCGGCAACCGCCCCCAGGGCGCCAAGAAGCUCUACAUGUUCAGCAUGAUCGUCUACGGCAUCAUCAUGGUGUACACGACCUUCGCGACCGUUUUUAUCGUUGUGCACACCGUCAAGGCCUCCGAGAUCGAGAUGGGCAACAACGUCUUCACCAACCUCAUCGUGUCGACCGCGUCGACCGUCGGCCUCUACUUCCUCAUGAGCUUCCUGUAUCUCGACCCCUGGCACAUGUUCACGAGCGCCGCGCAGUACUUUCUGCUCCUGCCAUCCUACAUCUGCACGCUGCAGGUGUACGCCUUCUGCAACACGCACGACGUGACGUGGGGCACCAAGGGCGACAACGUGAUGCGGACGGACCUCGGCGGCGCCGUGGGCAAGGGCUCCUUCGUCGAGCUGGAGAUGCCCAGCGAGCAGCUCGACAUCGACUCCGGCUACGACGAGGCCCUCCGCAACCUGCGCGACCGCGUCGAGGUCCCCGUCCCCUCCCCCUCCGAGGCCCAGAUGCAGGAGGACUACUACAAGAGCGUGCGCACCUACAUGGUCGUCAUCUGGAUGGUCGCCAACGCCAUCCUCGCCAUGGCGGUCAGCGAGGCGUACGGGUACAAGGACGUGGGGAGCAACUUCUACCUCACCUUCAUAUUGUGGUCGGUCGCGGCGCUGGCGCUGUUCAGGGCGCUGGGCAGCACGACGUUCGCGGUGCUGAAUGCGAUCAACAUGGUCGUCGAGGGCCGCGUGAGGAUCAGCCUGAAGAUUCCGGAGUGGAUGGGGGGUUGGGGCAGCAAGAUUAGCGAGAAGUUCUCCGAUACGAUGAGUAGUAUCGGGAGUAGUGUUAGUAGGUCGUGAGGGUGGUUUGUGGAAUGCCUAUGUAAGCCCCUUAAGUAUGGGUGUCUGGGGUAUGUAAGAGAGAAGAUGAAAGAAAAAAAAAGGGGGGAGGAGGGCGACGCGAGGCGACUAUGAUUCGGGUUUUUGUGAUGAUGGUUCAGAGAUACCCUCUUAU